UAAAUAAUCUGGAACAAGGGUUUUGAGGUUUGACCAGGGUAUUUAUAAGCUAAUCUGCUUUCAGUUUCACUUGAUACUUGAACCCAGCGAGAGAGGCAGAAGGGGAGAGACAAGAGAGAAAUUGAGCAAAAUGAGUACCAUGAAGUUCUGUCGCGAAUGCAACAACAUACUGUAUCCCAAGGAAGAUAAAGAGCAGAGGAUACUUCUCUACGCUUGCCGUAACUGUGAUCACCAGGAAGCUGCUGAAAACAAUUGUGUUUAUAGGAAUGAAGUACAUCACUCUGUUGGGGAGCGCACCCAGGUUUUGCAGGAUGUAGCUGCAGAUCCCACUUUGCCGCGAACAAAAUCAGUCCGUUGUGCUGUGUGCAACCACGGGGAAGCGGUUUUCUUCCAGGCUACGGCCAGGGGAGAAGAAGGUAUGACACUGUUCUUUGUGUGCUGCAACCCAAAUUGUGGCCACCGUUGGAGAGACUGAAACCGUAGAAAUGGCUGUGAAGAAGCAAAUUGUUGGGAUCGCAAGCUGACAAAGGAAUCGAAGAACAUUCUUAUUCCAAGUUAAGUUUUUGCAACUGCAAUUUAAUAGUGUGAUCAUCUUAUGCAUUCAAGCAAAUCAAAACUUUCAUUUUGUUAUGCAGUUGCAAAUUCUAUGCUAACUUAGCUUAUUAUAAAUUUUCCUGGUGCCACUGACGUUGAUUCCUUUGGACAUACUGGUUGUAGUUUGUUGAGAAUGCUAAUGCACAAAUUAUUAUUCUCAAACCCAGAAGAUUUUUAAACUUCUCCCCAAGUUGCUGGAUUACAGAAAACAUGAAUGAUGAGAAAAAUUUGUUUUGGAGA